GCCCAUGUCAGCGAAAUGUCUCUUUCGGUACCGCUGCUCAUUGCUGUCGCGUGCAUCGUCGUGGCGUUGGCCGGGCUUAGCUGGCUGCCACUGCUGGCGUGGCUGCGCCGACGUCGGCGCACCUACGAGUUGGCAGCCCAGCUGCCCGGACCACGCGAUCUACCGGUACUUGGACAUUUUCACAUGUUUUUCGGCCUGGAGCCGUGGCAAGUGCCGCAACUAAUUGCCCAGUUGGCGGAGCAGUAUGAUGGCACCUUCAAGCUCAAAAUGGGCAGCAACUUUAGCCUGAUGAUGUUCCAGCCACGGGACAUGGAAGUUGUUCUCAGCAGCAGCCAGCUGCUGGACAAGGCUGUCGAGUAUAGCUUUCUACGCGGCUGGCUCAACGAUGGGCUGCUCCUGAGUAGCGGGCCAAAAUGGCAUCGCCGUCGCAAGAUCAUCACGCCCGCCUUCCAUUUCCGCAUUCUCGAGCCGUAUGUGGAGAUCUUUGAUAGGCAAACUCGAGUGCUCAUUCGCAAAUGGCAGCAGACCCUUGGCCGCUCCUUCGACCUGGGGCAUGAUGUGCAUCUGUUCACGCUGGAUGUCAUUUGUGUAGCUUAGUGGAAACUAUUGUUG